AUGGCUAGUUAUGUCGAACUUUUUCGAAGAGAAAGCUCCGACAAGUUUAGAUCGUAUCAAGAAUUUAUUCCGACUUUCGAUACCAGUGAGCUCUUGUUUUUCAAAAUUUUGGCUGAUUUUACAAUUUUUCAGUGGUAAAUGCGGUGAAUACCGAAUUAAAGAGCAUGAGUGAAAAACUCGAACAAAUCUCGAUCGCCCAGAAAAACUUGGGCUUCAGUUGCAAUGAGUCCUGCAUGAACUGCUGUCCGGACUCGCUCCACGCACUGCUCGGCAUUGCCAUUCAGAAAAAAGAGGAGAAAUUGGAGGCAACGAUGCAAAAAGAGCAGAAAGAGCCCAUCGAAACACCGGAGACAACUCAACAAUCACCAAAAAAGCCAGAAACUGUGCGUUUUGAAGCGUUUUAAAACUUUGACAGUAUAUUUUUUAGAAAACAAAAGAAGUCAGCAGUGCACGAAUUGUGGCGCUAAUCACCGAAGAAGAGUACAAAGCGAUUCCAAAAUAUCAGCUCGGCCGGUUCACAGUUGACAGUUUGAAUGAGAUUGUCAACAAAAUGGACGAAUUUCUAAUGAAGAAGAGCGCGAUUCUCGGGAAAAGCAACAAGCAGCUGACCAGAUUGGACAGAGAAUUACUCGAUCUGUGGAGAGAACAGGUUUUGUUCCGAUUCAAAGUCUCCUCAACAUAAUUUUUUAAAGGAAUCCAAGGCCAAAUCCCGUCUUCCAACGCUGCUGUUCUUCUUGGAAACAGACAUUCGACCUCUUCUCCAGGAACGGAUCCGUCCGUCGUUUGCGAAAGCGAUGCCUUGCCUCAGGCACAUCCGACGGAUCCGCGAGGAACGACACGGUCCCCUCACCUUCUACUUCCCAUGA